AUGGAGCCAAAGGCGAAUACCGAGAUUGUCGAGAAUGCGACAGUCGAUCAAAGAGAUGACCCGCCGAUGAAAAGCAUGGGUCCCGUCAUGCGAUCUCGCGAAGAUGACCUUGGCAUGUUGCAAUGCGUAAGGCGAUUCAAGACCGUGUCGUUGAUUGCGAUGGCUGCCGCUUUCAGUGCAUCGCUCGAUGGGUAUCAAAUCAAUCUCAACGGAGGUAUCGUGUCCAACAAAGGAUUCAUUCGGCAGAUGAGUGCCCCUGGCACAACUGUUAUCCCAGGAAAAUACAUCUCAGCUUGGGGAGGUAUCCAAUCAGCAGGUCAAACAGUCGGUCAAAUUUUCCUCCAAUAUGCAACUGAAAAGUUCGGUCGCAAAAUCGCAUUCUACAUCAUCUGGAUCGACAUCGUUAUCAGCAUCUUCAUCGAAACGUUUGCCACCAGAUGGGAUCACUGGCUUGUCGCCAAGCUCUUCUCUGGGAUGGGCGUUGGUAUGCUUCAGUCUACCAUGCCUCUAUACCUAUCCGAGAUUGCGCCCACACAGCUCCGAGGAUUCUUUAUCAACGCAUACAGUUUUUGGUUUGUCUUAGGCCAAAUAUUCGCUUCGGUGGCUCUCCAGGAGCUGAGUGCAAACGACCCGUACGACUUUCGGGUUCCCAUCUACACACAGUGGGCUAUGGUCGGUCUGAUUGCUGUCAUCUUCCUUUUGAUUCCAGAGUCACCCUGGUGGCUGGUGAGUCAAGGCAAGAUCGAGAAGGGGGCCAAGAUUUUGAAUCGGCUCAAUGGAAAGGUCGAUGGAUACAGCGUUGAUGAGCAGAUUGAAAUCAUGAGCGCCACCGUCACCGAAGAGCGUAUCGUCGCAGAGCGCAACGCAGAAGAAGGCACAUGGGCUGUUUUCCAGGGCCGCAAUCGCAUUCGAUUCCUCAUCGCAGCUUGGCCGAAAAUUGCUCAGCAGUUGGUCGGUUUAGCUGUAUUCAAUACUUACGCGACUUAUUUCUUCCAGUAUGCGGGUAGCAAGGAUCCUUUCAUGGUCACUGUUAUUUUAUCCUGUGUACAGCUUUUGUCUAUGAUCAUGACUGCUUUGACCACCGAUAAGCUCGGUCGGCGCCCUUUGACGGUCUACCCCUAUGCUGUAACGUCGAUCUCGGUUCUGUGUCUUGGGAUCAUCGGCUGUUUCGAUUAUACGAAGCCAGCAACAAGUUCCCUUCUUAUUUUUUUCGCUUGUUUGGCUACAUUGUCGACAACUGGUGCUUCGGCGAUCGGAUAUGCCUACGCGGCUGAAGUCCCCCAACAACGUUUGCGUGCCAAAACGGCUGGCUGGGCGCUUGCUUCUUCCAAUGCGAUCGCAAUUAUGUUUAGCUUCUGCACGCCGCUGAUGAUCAACAAUGAACCUGUGUCGGCUUGGGGUGUGAAAACGGGUUUCUUCUUCGCAGGAACCGGUACCAUUGCGGUGAUUGUCGCUUGGCUUAUUCUCCCAGAAGUAGCACGUCGCACACCUGCUGAGAUUGAUGAGAUGUUUGAGAAAAAGGUGAAUCUUCGCAAGUUCAAAGGAUAUGUUACUGAGGUCCAGCUGCGUUCAAACGAGCAGUACGAUGAACAUGAGAUGAACACAAGGGGUUGA